CGUCAGAGCCUGGUCCUUUCCCGACCUGGCUCGGGUGCCAACUAGUGACUAUGUCGGGGCUGUGGAGGUUCUGGGAUGACCGCUGGAGGGUGACAGAAAUAGAGACGCUCAGCGUCAUGGGGUUGGGCCUGGGAAAGCCAAAGCUCUGGUUCCCCAGGGAACCAGAUGAGACGGGAUCCCGAGGGCAGGGCUUCCGCAGUAAGAAAAAGAGAGUGCGUUUUACUUUCGACCCCCAAACUGCGGGGAACAGAGCUGCCAAAGGACCUACUGCUAGGGUUCUUUCCGCCCCCGAGAAGGUUAAGCAGCUCAGGGCUGGACCUGCCAGGGAUCGAAUGGGGCACUGGGCAGAGCCGAGACCCGCUGAGCAUAGAACCGAGAAACUUCCCCUCCGGGGACGCGAUCUCCGUCUGAUGCAGGCCCCCAGCACUAGCUACGUGGGAAUCACUAAACUACAGCAAGAUGUUGGGAGCGAAUCCAAGUUUGCUGAGGACUCCAGUGUUACCCCUCCACCGUAUCUUAGUUUAAUGAAUAAUGUUUUCAAGUCAGAGAGGCUAACAAAGGCAGCGAUGUGGCUUAAAGAAAAGACAGUGGAAAUUAUGAGGCUGAACAUGCUGGUAAAACAAGCUCAAAUCCGGCAAGAACCGCUAAGGAAGGAAACCCACCAGCUGUUAACAGAAAAAUUACGCGUCCAGGCUGAAAAUAAAUUCUUUGAGGAAUAUCUGACCAAAAACACUGAAGCACGUAGAGAGCAAUAUGAGAAGCUGUGGGAAGUCUAUUUACAAAAAUGUGGGGAGAUUCAACGAAGGAAACAAGAAUCAGCCUCCAAAUAUGUGAAACAAACUGAAGAGCUUAAAAGCAAGUUCUUACAGAAGGAAAAGAUCCAGUUCGAUUUGGAGCAGCAGUUGCAGGCAAUGAAGGACAUUUCACUAGUAAGGGAGAAACAGGAGAGACGAAUACAGACAUUACAGGAGGAGAAAAAGAAAGCCCAAGCUGAAACAGAUGCAAAGAAACAGGAAGUGGAGAUCCGGUUCCUCCAGGAAAAAGCAUUACUGGAGAAAAAACUGAGGGAGCCAGACGUGACCCAUUUGGGAAAGGAAGAAAGGAAGGCGCUUCACAGGAAGGCCCAAGCUUUGCAGUCCGCAGCAGAGAAGUCUACUUUUGACUUCCACCUCGGCAUCCGCAGACAGAGCGAGAGGUUACAAAAGGAAAUACUGCAGCAAACUUGGCAAUGCCAGGAGCUGCAGGCUACUCACAGCCGGUUAGAAAAUCAGAAGCAGCAGCUGCAACAGGAACAAUGGUACAUUGAGUCCUUAAUCCGGGGGAGGCAACGACUGCACAGCAGGCAUAAUUCAGGCCCAAAAGGACAGGGUGCUUCAAAGACCACAGAAAACCCUCACUUGGGCAUUAAAUCAAGGAUUCAUCCACAGUAAUUCCUAAAAUAUCCCUGCUAAAUAAGGGCUGGAGUGAGUAUUCUUAGGUGCUGCAUAAACUUGGUUAGGAAGGGUUUUGGAUCUCAUUGCUAUGGUAAAAUAGCCAUCAUAAUGUGUUAGUAUAAAGGAUUAGGUAUCUUCCAGUCAUACUGCUAGAUAUCUGUGACCAGCUUCCCUUAAUUAGGUUUUUCUUUAGCUCUUAUUAAUAAACAGGAUGUUCCUCAAAACUUCCAGAUAACCUAACACUAUUUGCUAAACACUCAUAGAUUAAAUCAGCUCCAGAAAAACACCUAGAAGAAAUGAAAGGAAAAUAAUUGUGUGAUUUAUUUCAUCUAGCUGAGUUAGAUUUCUUUAUAGAGAAUCACCUUUAAGAGUAGCGUUUCAGAUUGACUUUAUAUUGGGCUUCCUGCUCUGUAAACAAUAUCAGUUUAUCCUCAUUCCUGUUGGCCAACUCAACAUACAGUGUUUUUAAGCUUUUUUAAAAAUUCUUGCCAGUGAUCAGGAAGACUUACAGUUUUCUCAUGAGUGAAAAAGUACUCUUAAUAACAGCAAGAUCAAUGAACAGUAGGCAGAAUGGCCUUUUGUCUGCUUCUGUCCUUACAAUUUUAGCUUUGAAUAAAUUGAGAAGAUAUAAAAGACAUAUAUAUUAGGUCAGCUCUCUUUUGAAAACAUUUUUCUGUGAAGAAAUAACCUCUAGAAUUACUGAGGUGGCUGAAUGCCUUGCUUAUUUUAGGAAAAUAUAUCAAAAGAACGUUUUAAAAUAUUUGAACAACUUUUUAAAGUCUUGAACCAUCAGUUUCCCUAGCAACAUCCAAAAUUCUAAAAUGACAAGAUUAUUAAAUAAAGUACUUUACUUUUAGGUCACCUAUUACAUUUUCUUACUAUAUGUGCACUUAAUACUACCUGAAAUGCCUUUUGUAAUGUGUGCCAUAUAUUUAUGCCUACCUAAUAGAACUGAGAAUAGUAUUUUAAAUUAGUAUAGAUUUUUGGGGUAGGGUUUUUAGGUUUGUUUGUUUUUUUUUGCAUUUAUGAUAUAUUGAUGCUUAGACCAGUGAUUUAUUUGAAUGCUGAAUACUGGUACAGGAAUAUAACCCCUUAACAUCGCUCCUCUAUGAGAAAAUAUAAUCUUUAUGUUUUCUAGAAAUUGUCAGUGAUGAAGAAUGUCAAAGUAAUUUUCUUGAAUUUUGUUUUAUUCAUAUGCAGAUUCCUUUAAAUUAGAUUUAAAAAGGACCAUCCCCCAAUGUGCCUUUAACUUCUAACUUUAACAAUUUUCUGUAAAAUAUGCAGUUUAUUAAACUUUUUGUUAUUAAAAAACAAAAGCCUGCUUAGAUUAUAAUUUA